AUGGUGGAUGUGGCAAUCAUCGGAGCAGGGAUAUCGGGGAUUUCCUGUGCAAGGCAUCUUCGCGCCAGCGAUGGCAUGCAGCGGCGCCGCAUCAAAGUCUUGGAAGCCACAUCCAGACCAGGAGGCCGUGCCAAAACUCAUGUUCUUCACAACGGUUCGACCAUUGAACUGGGAGCCGCCUGGGUGCAUGGCGAACGGGGGAAUGCGAUCUAUGAUUUUGCCAUGAGGAGAGGUCUGCUGCGGGAGGAUUGGAUGUCCGACCCUGAAUGGAGGUGGGAGGACCGGCCGAUGCGGCACUUGCCCAAGGUAUCGUCUGCGCAGAAUGGCAUUCCUGCUGAAGCUGAGAAAGAAACGGCUGCCAGACACACAGCCAAGCAGUCAGUUCUCCACCGGGCCCACCGGGCCAUUGCAGAAGUCACUGGGGCAACUUGCGGACAAGGAGGGCUCUCUGGGCUAUGGAAUGCGAUAGCUGCUGAUGCGAUGAGGACGUUCGUGUCCGACCAUAGCUGGCAGCCUCCGAGGAAGUUGCUCGGAGUAGAAGCUUCCCCGGCCGAGAAGCAAGCUUUUGAAGAAAUGGAAAACGCGUUUGACCGUUUCACGGACAAAGAGGCGCUCGGCAAGCAAGCCGAUGAAGUGUCGUUAGGAGCUUUGCUGGAUGAGAAGUUCCAGGAAUGGGCGCAGCACACGGAGCAUGAUCCCACAACGCUGCAAACAAUGUUUGAAUUUAAGAAGCGUGAAUUGUCGUCCGAUGUUGGAAGCCCGGACCUAUAUACCGUGAGUGCAAACGGCUUUGCCAGUGCCGACGAUGUACUGGGUCAUAACUGCAUCCCCUUGCCCCUCGGGUAUUCUUCCAUCGUUCGAGCGUUGCUGGAAGAUGUUCGGGCCUUGGGUAUUCACACGUACGAAUCCAUCGUCAACAGGCUGCUGACAGACUCGCACGUCUGGCAUGACAGCAUGAUGGAGGUGACCAUUCGCGAUGGCCGUGCAGAGAUCAGCCGAGAGAGGACCGUCAAGAGUGAGUUUCUUGAUGCAUCUGUGAAGGAGGUGAGAGUGAGGAGUCAAGAUGGCCAAGACAUCUCCUCAAGUCGAGAGGUCACCAUAAAAAGUUGGGACAGCUGCGUUCUAGACUUCGACAUUCAGUACGAUGCAGUGGUGACAGAGGUGACCAGUCACGAUGACCAUGUACGGAUCACGUUGGAAAAUGGUGAUAAGCUGCUGGCACGCACGGUUGUGGUGACGGUGUCUGUGGGUGUGCUGAAGUCAGGGCAGAUUCGAUUCAAGCCGGAGCUUCCGCAGGAAAAGCAAGAAGCCAUUCAACGGAUGGGAUUUGGGCAUGUGGAGAAGUGCAUCUUGACGUUUGACAACGAUACUUGGGAAACUCUGAAGCAUGGAGUUCACUGUCUGUGGCCACCUGAGCGUGAUGGAUAUCGGAAUGCCGUCCUCAACGAUUGGGAGCGGAGGAUAUUCGCCUUAUAUCCUAACCAGCCACGUUCGAGCCGCUCUUUGGUGGCCUGGAUUGUGGCAGACGGUUUCUCAAGUACUUCUGCACCGGAAAAGGUCAUGAACUUGUUGCGCUGCUGCCUGGGUCGCGAUGUUCCAGAUCCCGUAGAGACCAACUUGACGAACUGGGGGCGAGAUCGGCGCUUCUUGGGUUCAUGGUCCUACCUGUCCGCCGGUCAAUCACUAGACGCAUUUGGGGCUCUCGGCAAGCCAUUUGGAAGAGUCUUCUUUGGCGGAGAGCAUACGCACCCAAAGUACUUCGGGACAGCACACGGUGCGUACGAAAGUGGGGCCAGGUGUGCCCAAGAGGUGAUCGACAUGCUCUUCCCGAUUCAAUCUGUGCACCAGUGCACCCAAAAGUUCCAGAAGUGGAUCGACAAGCUCCCCUCGCCUUUGUGUAAGCGGCGGAAGAUGCUGGACGUGGUGAUCGUCGGAGCAGGGAUUUCGGGCAUUUCCUGUGCGAAGCACAUCCGUGCCAGCAAUGGCAUGCAGCGUCUCAUCAAAGUCCUGGAAGCCACAGACAGACCAGGAGGACGCGCCAAGACCGUCGUGCAGGACGGCUCGAUUGUUGACCUGGGCACAACCUGGAUCCACGGCGGACCAGGGAAUGUGAUUUAUGAUUUUGCGACAGAGAAAGGUUUGAUGCUAGACAAGGAUUGGAUGUCCGAUCCUAACUGGCAGUGGGAGGUACUGCCGUUGAGGCAUUCGCACGGGUUGGAAGCUUCUCCCACCGAGAAGCAAGCAUUCGACGAAAUGGAGAAGGCAUUUGACGGCUUCACAGAAAAAGAGGCAGUCGGCGACCAAGCCGACGAAAAGUCAUUGGGGGCUUUGUUGGAUGAAGAGUUCCAGAAAUGGGCACAGCAGAAAGAGCAUGAUGCAGCAAUGAUGCAAACAAUGUUUGAAUUCAAGAAGCGCGAGAUGUCGUCCGGCGUUGGAAGCCCGGACUUGUACACCGCGAGUGCAAAUGGCUUUGUCCAGGCCGAAGACGGUUUCGGUCACGAUUGCAUCCCACUGCCCCACGGGUAUUCUUCCAUCGUUCGAGCGUUGCUGGAAGAGGUUCCGGACUUGGACAUUCAGUACGAUGCAGCGGUUAAGGAGGUGACCAGUCACGAUAACCACGUGGAGAUCACCUUGGAGAAUGGGGAUAAGCUGCAGGCACGCACGGUGGUGUUCACGGUGUCCGUGGGUGUACUGAAGUCAGGACAGAUUCGAUUCAAGCCGGAGCUUCCGCAGGAAAAGCAAGAAGCCAUUCAACGCAUGGGUUUUGGGCAUGUGGAGAAGUGCAUCUUGACGUUUGACAACGAUACUUGGGAAACUCUGAAGCAUGGAGUUCACUGUCUGUGGCCACCUGAGCGUGAUGGAUAUCGGAAUGCCGUCCUCAACGAUUGGGAGCAGAGCAUCGUGGCUUUCUAUGCCAACCAGCCGCGUUCGAGCCGCUCUUUGGUGGCUUGGAUUGUAGCAGACGGCUUUGCGGAUACCUCUGCCCCGAAAAAGGUCAUGAACUUGUUGCGCCGCUGCCUGGGUUGCGAUGUUCCAGAUCCUAUUUCAACCAUUUUGACGAACUGGGGGCGAGAUCGGCGCUUCUUGGGUUCAUGGUCCUACCUGUGCGCCGGUCAGGCACUAGACGCAUUUGGGGCGCUCAACAAGCCAUUUGGAAGAGUCUUCUUUGGCGGAGAGCAUACGCACCCAAAGUACUUCGGGACAGCGCAUGGUGCGUAUGAAAGUGGGGCCAGGUGUGCUCAAGAGGUGAUCGAUGCGCUCUCCCGGCCUUCGUGA